AUGAUGAACGGAUCGGAGACUUGGGCAGCACCAUCAACGGUUAUGGAGAGGCUUGAUUGCACGGAACGAAAGCUGCUUAUACGGCUACUUGGCUACUUUUGGCCUGGGGUAUGUCACAAUAAAGAUCUUUACGCAGGGAUUGAUGUGUUGUACCGGCGGAUGACACGUAGAAGAUAUCAACAUUUUGCACCGCCAUCGAAAUAUAUUAAGGAGACCGGCAGAUCGCCUUGUUCAACGAGUUCUGAGGAGUUCGUCGGGUUCGAGCUGGAAGAAGCCACCUGA